AUGUGUCGUUCUGUAGUGAAAAUGAAGUUUCUGGAUUGGUAUGUAAAGAUUGCACUCGGGUCGGCUCUUAUUGGAGCUUCCAUGGAGUUUUUCAUGAUCAAAACCGGCUUCUAUGACAAAGUAACUGUUUUGGAGUCAGAGAAACGGGCUUGGGAGAAUUCACCGGAGGCUCAGGCAAUCAGAGAUGCGCUGAAUCCUUGGAAAGAUCGUAAUGCAGAAGCAAGGAAAGAAUCCUAAGUUGGAUGGCAGCAUGUUCAUAAGGAAGAAGAUAACAUUAUUAGCCGGGGAUCAUUCUGAAAAUACUGACAAGAAAUUACACUGUUUCUUCUGAGUAGAACAAAGUGAGAGAUGACCUUGAUCAUCCUGAAAAUUAUUUCAUUCCUCCGUUUUCUGUAAUUUCUAUUCUUGUUGUCCUGGGGACAUGAUCAACAAUUUUGAUGAAUAUGUUCAUGUAGCCUUUUCGAUUGGUUCUUGUAAGCAACUACAGUUCCGAAUGAUCGAAACAAAAGUUCUGUUACUCGUAAA